CUAGGCUCAUCUCUAGGAUCGGGAGCAGCGUCCGAAGGGGCUGGAAGGCAGAGCCGAGGAGGGCGGGGAGACGUUACGUUGACGCUGGCGUGACCCAGCCCGAGAAUUUGGCGGGAUCUCCGAAAGUUGCAGUGUUCCGCGCGCGCCGUGGCCUGAAACCGAGGUCUGAGGAGAGCGGAGAGGCACCCGGAGGGACGCAGUUGGGAGCUGAGUUUCGCCUGGGUUGUGUGCAGAAGGCCGGAACAAGGGAGUAGAGAAGUGGGCAGGAAGCGAAGGGGUCUGGAGUCCGUCCCGCCGGGCGCGGACCGAGCCAGUGGACAGAAGCCGGGGCGCGCAGCCAGUGGGAGCGAGGAGCGCUGCGUACCAGGGUGAGGGUGUUAGGCGCGGACUCGGUUCCUUUUUGCCUCAGGUAUUGAAUGCUGAGUAAUGGCUAUGCAAAUGCAGCUUGAAGCAAAUGCAGAUACUUCAGUGGAAGAAGAGAGCUUUGGCCCACAACCUAUAUCUCGAUUAGAGCAAUGUGGCAUAAAUGCCAAUGAUGUGAAGAAAUUGGAAGAAGCUGGAUUCCAUACUGUGGAGGCUGUUGCCUAUGCACCAAAAAAGGAACUAAUAAAUAUUAAGGGGAUUAGUGAAGCCAAAGCUGAUAAAAUUCUGACUGAGGCAGCCAAGUUAGUUCCAAUGGGUUUCACCACUGCAACUGAGUUCCACCAAAGGCGAUCAGAGAUCAUACAGAUUACUACCGGCUCCAAAGAACUUGACAAACUACUUCAAGGAGGAAUUGAGACUGGAUCAAUUACAGAGAUGUUUGGAGAAUUCCGAACUGGGAAGACUCAGAUCUGUCAUACAUUGGCUGUAACAUGCCAGCUUCCCAUUGACCGAGGUGGAGGAGAAGGAAAGGCCAUGUACAUUGACACUGAAGGUACUUUUAGACCAGAAAGGCUGCUAGCAGUGGCUGAGAGAUAUGGUCUCUCCGGCAGUGAUGUCCUGGAUAAUGUAGCAUAUGCUCGAGGGUUCAACACAGACCACCAGACCCAGCUCCUUUAUCAAGCAUCAGCCAUGAUGGUAGAAUCUAGGUAUGCACUGUUAAUUGUAGACAGUGCCACUGCCCUCUACAGAACCGACUAUUCGGGUCGAGGGGAACUUUCAGCCAGGCAGAUGCACCUGGCCAGGUUUCUGCGGAUGCUUCUGCGACUUGCUGAUGAGUUUGGUGUAGCAGUGGUGAUCACCAACCAGGUGGUAGCCCAAGUGGAUGGAGCAGCCAUGUUUGCUGCAGAUCCUAAAAAACCUAUUGGAGGAAAUAUCAUUGCUCAUGCCUCAACAACCAGACUGUAUCUGAGGAAAGGAAGAGGGGAAACCAGAAUCUGCAAAAUCUACGAUUCUCCCUGUCUUCCUGAAGCUGAAGCUAUGUUUGCCAUCAAUGCAGAUGGAGUGGGAGAUGCCAAAGACUGAUUCAUUGGGGCUUUUCCUGUGAUAAAGCUUAAGUGCUACAGCCUAAUGGAGAGGACUGCUCCCUGGGGCUUCUUCACAGGCCUCUUCCUGUUUUCCUGCCAGAAAAAGGCUUCUGGAAAAACACCUAUUCUAUCAGCUUUUCUGAUGGUGUAAACAGGAGACAGGUCAGUAGUCACAAACUGAUCUGAAAUGUU